UUCCAGUUUUUCUGAGAGCGGCCGAGCUGACCCCGCGGUCCGGGAUGUCCGAGCUGCCCGCAGACAGCAGUGUCCCACCGACGGGCGCGGCGAAUGACAACGGCGAUGUCCCGCAGGCGGAGGUAGGCGGCGGGAGGCGGGAGCCGGCCCCAGCGCAGCCUGUGGAGGCCAGGGACCGUCCGAUGGCGGCGGCCAGGGAAGGUCCAGUGGCGGAUGCCAGGGAAGGUCCGACGGCGGCGGCCAGGGAAGCCCGGAUUGCAGAGGUUGCCCGAUUGUUGGCGGAGCCAGCAGACGAAGAGGGUCCUGAGGGCAGACGCCGGUCCAGGCCCGGGAACAGCCCAGGCCUGGCUGCGUUGCCGUAUCUCCGCCUCCGUCACCCACUUGGCGUUUUAGGAAUUAAUUACCAGCAGUUCCUCCGCCACUAUCUGGAACACUACCCGAUUGCUCCCGGCAGAAUUCAGGAGCUUGAAGGACGGCGCAGGAGAUUUGUGGAAGCCUGCAGAGCAAGGGAAGCAGCGUUUGAUGCCGAAUAUCAGCGGAAUCCUCAGAGGAUGGAUUUUGAUAUUUUAACAUUUAGUAUAACUCUGACUGCAUCUGAAAUUAUCAAUCCUCUGAUAGAAGAACUUGGUUGUGAUAAGUUUAUCGGUAGAGAAUAG